CAAACCAACCAAGGGGUGCUCCUAGUAGAAAUUAAAAAUAAAAACAAAAAUAAAUAUAAACAACGAAGAGGAUACAUGGCUACACUGACUGAUGGAGGCGGCGGCGAUGGCGACAGCCACCGCUACUGGCGGUGGAGCAAGGCGGACUUCUUCCCGGAGCCGUCGUUCCAGAGCUGGUCGGCCUACCGCUCGGCCCUCUCCUCCACCUGCCCCCGCCUUCGCGACCGCCUCCUCCACCGCUCCGAUUCCGCAGCGGAGCUCCACGCCCUCCCCCGCCAGAGCGAGCACGGCCUCCGCCGCUGCCUCAACUGGUGGGACCUCGUCUGGCUCGGCUUCGGCUCCGUCGUCGGCACCGGCAUCUUCGUCCUCACCGGCGAGGAGGCACGCGUCAACUCCGGUCCCGCCAUCCCCCUCGCCUACGCCGCCGCUGGCCUCUCCGCCCUCCUCUCCGUCUUCUGCUACGCCGAGUUUGCCGUCGAGAUCCCCUCCGCCGGCGGCUCCUUCUCCUACCUACGCGUGGAGCUCGGCGACUUCGUCGCCUUCCUCGCCGCCGCCAACAUCCUCCUCGAGGCCCUUGUCGGCGCCGCCGGCGUCGCCCGCUCCUGGACUUCCUACUUCGCCACCCUCAUCGACCGCGAUCCUGACUCCCUCCGCAUCCACGCUCCCGCCCUCGCCGACGGCUUCAACCUCCUCGACCCCAUCGCCGUCGUCGUCCUCCUCACCUGUUCGACCAUCACCAUCUUCGGCACUCGCCACGCUUCGACACUCAAUUGGCUUACCUCCCUCCUCAGCGUCGCCGUCAUAGCAUUCAUCAUCGCCGCCGGCUUCGCCCACGCCGACGCCUCCAAUUUGACCCCUUUCUUCCCCUACGGCGCCCGCGGGGUGUUCCAGGCCGCCGCUGUCGUCUACUGGGCCUACACGGGCUUUGACAUGAUUGCCACCAUGGCAGAGGAGACCAAGAAUCCGGCCAGGGACAUCCCUCUCGGCCUCAUCGGCUCCAUGUCGGCCAUCACCGUAGUGUACUGCGUCAUGGCGCUUGUGCUCGUCAUGAUGCAGCGCUACGACCAAUUGGAUAUCAACGCUGCCUACUCGGUGGCGUUCGCGAGCGUCGGGAUGAAGUGGGCCAAGUACUUGGUGGCGCUCGGUGCGCUGAAGGGGAUGACCACGGGGCUGCUUGUCGGGGCGUUGGGCCAAGGCCGGUACACCACGCAAAUUGCCCGGGCGCACAUGAUCCCCCCCUACUUUGCACUCGUCCAUCCAAAGACCGGGACACCGAUUUAUGCCACGCUCUUGGUGACCAUCUCCAGUGCCUGCAUCGCCUUCUUCUCGAGUCUGGAUGUUCUUGCUAGCGUCUCCUCCAUUAGCACCCUCUUCAUCUUCAUGCUUGUGGCUGUCGCACUGCUGGUCAGAAGAUACCAUUCCAGGGAUGUCCCUCAGAUGAGCAAUCUGUUCAAAUUGGUGGCCUUCCUCGUAUUGAUCAUCGGUUCCUCCAUUGGCAUAACAACUUGCUGGAAUUCAGCUAAUUCGGAUGGAUGGAUUGGCUAUGCCGUGACAGUGCCGCUCUGGUUUCUGAGCACGCUGGGGCUGGCAGUGUUUGUUCCUCAGCAGCGGGUGCCUAAGGUGUGGGGGGUUCCUCUUGUUCCAUGGUUGCCGUCGCUCUCCAUUGCAUCGAAUCUGUUUCUGAUGGGAUCGCUUGGUUAUCAGGCCUUUGUGAGAUUCGGAAUCUGCACAUUGGUGAUGCUGAUUUAUUAUGUGUUCUUCGGUGUUCAUGCAACCUAUGACAUGGACCAUGAACAGAACGAUAUCGGGACUGAGAAGGUUGGGACAAGCAUCAGUGGCGGAUAUGUGGAGCAAAGCUGACAGGCUUUGGGUGAUCUAGUCUUGCUUUAUCGGAUUUCAGUGAGUGUUCUGUCUUGUUUGGUAUUGGAAAUGGGGAAAAAAAUGAACUUUGGUAUAGGAUAUUGUUAGGAUUUCUAGCAUGUUACGGUGAUCUGUCUUACCAAGUGAACAUUGUUCUUCAGAAUUGAUACA